GCGACUGUUUUAUUCGUUGCGCGCCAUUCAAAGAGUCAAGUUGUUUCUUGCGUCGUGUGUGAAAAAUACUCUGGCUGAUCAAACUCGGCUUACAUGCAUACAUACUCAACCAGUUAAGAGGCAUUGAGAGAGAGCAAAGAGUCUGAAAACCAGCUUAGAGCGAGCCGACAAGUGUGUCUCGCAAACAGCAUCCGCUCUUGCCCGUGCAAGCAAGCGAAACAGCACUACCUGUGUUAUUUUGGAGUCGUCUUCUCUUGCUGCUCUCUUCUACGUGGAGCGUAGCUUGGCGAGCGUCUUUUCUUCAGCCAAGAAUUCUCAGCUCAGCUCGCGCGUUAUUAACAGCUCUCGACUGUGUAGGGUGUGGUGCUGGGCGCGUUUUUCACAUUUGGCUCACGCGAAACUCAGGCGCAUUCAUCAAAAGUUUUCCCUACAAAUAUAUGUGUCGCCCCAAGAUGGUAAAUAACGUGGGAAGCACAUUAGCUGGAGCCCUUCUGCUGGGACUGGCCCUCCUUGCCACGCAGGCAGAGGCGCAGAGGACGCCAACCAUUUCGUACAUCACACAGGAGCAGAUCAAGGACAUUGGCGGCACUGUCGAGUUCGACUGCUCCGUUCAGUAUGCCAAGGAGUACAAUGUACUCUUCCUCAAGACUGACUCGGAUCCCGUCUUCCUCUCCACGGGCUCCACGCUCGUCAUCAAAGACUCGCGCUUCUCGCUGCGCUACGACCCAAGCUCUUCCACCUACAAGCUGCAGAUUAAGGACAUCCAGGAGACGGACGCUGGCACCUACACCUGCCAGGUGGUGAUCUCCACCGUGCACAAGGUGAGCGCCGAAGUCAAGCUCUCUGUGCGCCGCCCGCCCGUCAUCUCCGACAAUUCCACGCAAUCAAUUGUGGCCAGCGAGGGCAGCGAGGUCCAAAUGGAGUGCUUCGCCAGCGGUUACCCAACUCCGUCCAUCACAUGGCGUCGCGAGAACAAUGCCAUUCUGCCAACGGAUAGUGCCACCUAUGUGGGAAAUGUACUGCGAAUUAAGUCGGUGAAGAAGGAGGACCGAGGCACCUACUACUGUGUGGCCGACAACGGUGUCAGCAAGGGAGAUCGUCGUAAUAUUAACGUGGAGGUGGAGUUCUCGCCAGUGAUAACCGUGCCACGACCCCGUCUCGGCCAGGCGCUGCAGUAUGACAUGGAUCUGGAGUGCCACAUUGAGGCCUACCCACCGCCGGCCAUUGUCUGGACCAAGGAUGACAUUCAGCUGGCCAACAACCAGCACUACAGCAUCUCGCACUUUGCCACCGCCGACGAGUACACCGACUCGACGCUGCGUGUGAUCACCAUCGAGAAGCGCCAGUACGGAGAUUAUGUGUGCAAGGCCACCAAUCGCUUUGGCGAGGCCGAGGCUCGUGUGAAUCUGUUUGAGACCAUCAUCCCCGUGUGCCCGCCGGCAUGUGGCCAGGCGUACUAUGCCGGAGCCGAGGAUGUGGCUGCCACCUCCUUUGCCCUGGUGGGCAUUCUGCUGGCGCUGCUAUUCACCAGAUAAGCCAAUGGCCCCACCCACUGACUCUGACUACAAACGCUCCAAGUCCAAAUCAUCAAUCAGCCCUCGAAUACAUAAAUAUAUACUAUAUAUAAAUAGAUAUAUAGUAACCUAUAUCAUAUAAAAAUCCAACCAACAGACGUCGCAAAUGAAUACCAACCCCCCAGACUCUACAAACGGUUCACUUUCGAUUUUCUUUCCGCUGCUCCUGACUUUGUUUUCGCCCUGUCCAAUCUUCACACGUCCAAUAUUAUGUCUUAAGUUAAGUACGCUAAGUGAAAGGGCCCACGAUAACUAGAUCUGAACAGUCGAUAUAGUUUAGUAGAAACUAAAAGCCGUACCGAACCCAGCCCGCCCAUUCGUCCGCUUUGUUUUCUGAUCUGGCUCUGUAUAUGUUUUAAAUAUGUAUUUUAUUCUAAGCAAAAGGCAAUGACGAGGACACACACACAUCACAGCAUUCCAAUUACACAUCUCAGAAUCUAUGAGAGUAUUUUAUGUUUAUUUAAUAAAUAUUAAAGUAUUUUCGUUCUGAAAACCAUGACAAACCCCAAAA